GUAACUAAUAACAGCUGAUUUAUAUUUAAGGUUAUACAAUUCCAAAUAAUCAAGUGUAAAUUUUGGUUAAGUGCUGCCGCAUAAAAUUAUUUUGCAUUUGAUCAAAUAGCAUAGUUCAAAAUGAUCACCAAUAUUUUUACAAAAUCGUUCAAUACAAUUCGUCAAAGCAUAUUAUCGCCGACAGUUUUAUCGCGAACCUAUGCAAAAGCGCCUGCCACAGCUGCACUCGGUGGAAAAAAGAAGAAGCUUGGAAAACUUGGACCAGUGGUGGAAAAGAAAGAAAUCCCUGUUGAAACUGACGCCAAUAAAUUAGUUAACUAUGUAUGCGGUAGCAACAUUUUGAAAACUGGUCAGGAUAUUAAGCUUAAGCCAGAUUCAGAAUAUCCCGAUUGGCUAUGGUCACUCAAUGUUGAUCGUAUUAUUCCUGUGGAGGAAAUGGAUCCAAACACAAAACAAUAUUGGCGACGUUUGCGUAAACAGGGUCUUCGGCGAAAUAAUCAAUUAAAUAGAUUAAAAAAAUUUUAGAUUUUAUUAAAUUAAAUAUUGUUUUGUUAUACAAAAUUUGGAGCGAUAGUAAAGUAAAGAAUAUAACAAAAAAUGUAAUUUUCUUUAGAAAUAUCA